CAGAGCAGGAGAUGGGCUACAAAGUAAAUUAGGGAAAGGUCCAGUGAGCGCGACAGAGCAACCCAUACCCUUGUACCAAAAGUCCGGCCUUGGAGAAAACAGAAAGCCUCCGAAUCUUUCAAAAAGCCCAGAAUUUAAAUUUGCAAACCCUUUUCACUCAAAGAUUCGGAGCUUCACAGGGUUCCUCCAAAGGAUUCAUCACAACCGAAACCAUAUUCAGCUCACGAUGCUGUGACAAUUUACACUGGUUUUUGUCAGCUACAACACGCAAUAAAAGCUUUCUCUUGUUGCUAAACUAUAAAGGUCAUGACUCAAACUCCUGAUAUCCCUAAAGAAAAUGGAGAUCAGAUCAAGAUUGGAACUACCGGCAAAGUUGGUUCUCUAAUGUCUAAGGAGUUGGAGUGCAUCAAAAAUUCACCUCAGGCUUCUUAUUCCCCUCGAAAGAAACUUCAGGGUCCCCCAGUGUCAGUCCCUUGUGGCUAUUCUCCACGGAGAUCUCAGCAGAGGAAAAAUCAACCCAAUGAUCCUAGCAGCAGCAGGAGCAGUAAUUGCAGCAACACUGAUAGCCAAAGCUCUGCAGAUGACCAGAAGACCAAGACCAAGCCUCGUAGAAACGAGCACGGAUCCCUGAUGCUAGCCUCCACGGAAACUACCCUAGAGAAAAACCCAGGCAAAGAGAAACUGGAGAAGAAGAAGAAGAAAGGACACACUCACAUUGUGGAAGUUGUGGAUCUCAAGUGCAACAAUCCCAUGAGCAGCCGGCUUAAGAAGCUGGGCUUUUCUAAACUCUCUGAAUCGACCAUUUAAUCUUCCCGGGGCAGUUUUUUGCCUUCUGUCCUCAGGUUUUUGUACCCGGUUUCUGUGAUAUUCACAGCUGAACAAAUGCUCGGUAUAAAGCUACUGCUGCUGCUAACGCCGUUGCUUACUGUUUUCUUCUUCUUCUUCUUUGGGGUUACUGGUAAACUAGAGGUUGUUUUUGGUU